AUGCCUGCCAUUGCCCUUCAGCCCGAUCCCCUCUCGAGAGACCCAACAAUGGACAACACCAGCAUCCAGGUCCGGGAUAGAGAGUCAGAUUUCAAGCCGGGCGAGCAAACACCACACACCGAUGACAAGGACACAGGCGAAGACGACAAGAGUCCUCCUUCGCGCAACGAGCCCAACGUAGUUGCCGGGCUCAGAACUGUCCUACUCGUGGGUAUAUCAUUCGCGCUACUGUGUCUACUAUGUCGAUCUCCACUAGCGUACUGGAUUUCAGGUCACAACCCACCACCACCCUCGGUUCCGAUCCUAGACGACACGGCCCUUCGAGACCUAAGCAUCUCUCGCGGACCCGAUGCCAUUAACGGAGUCUUCCCGCUCUUCGAUUCAUUAUCAUUAUCCACCUCAACGGGAGACAUCAGUGUCACCAUCGUGCCCCAGAGUGGGUCUUCUCACAGCGGCGCCCAGAACACCCCCGCGAGACUGCGGAUCCGCUCAGACUCCGGGAAUGUGGUUGUCUCCUUCGCUGCACCAGCCGCAGCCUCAAUCCCAGAGUUUGAACCGGAGAUGAGGCAACCUGUACAUGCACAUUCUUCCAAGGACCACAUUCACAACCAUGGUGGACAUGCAGAGACAGUUUCUGCAUUGCCUCCGCCAAGAAAGUAUGAGAUUGACGUCGAGUCGCGCAGUGGGUCUAUUGCGGGUCGGUUCUUGUUUUCUACUUCUCUGCGCUUGGUGGCCGGUGCUACAGCCGAUGAGCGUGGGUCCAUCCGUGCGCUGCUUAUACCGCUCGUCCUUGACGAUGACAAAGCGCACUCGACGGCGAGACGCGACAAGGUCUCGAUUUUCACGCGCACUGGGGCUGGGAACCAGAGUAUUCGGAUCACGGAGCCAGUGGUGCUCGGUGGUCGAUCUCACCAUGGGCGGAUAUCUGCUGGGCCGGCAGUCGCCUCACAUCUCAGUGGCAAGGGCAGUUUGCAACUAGGCUAUCCUCCAUCCUGGACGGGCACAGUUCAUGCGCGGACGGGCCGGAUGAAUAAUCAGGAGAUCUCGCUGGGAGGCAAAGGGCUGGAUGUGCUUGAGCGUGUGGCCGGGGGUGUCAAGGGCCGUCGGGUUUGGGAGUCGGAACCGGGGGAAGACGAGAGCACAUGGUGGGGAGCCAACGGCGACAUGCGGGUAUCGGCACAGUCCGUGGAAGGGGAGAUAUUUUUUUUGCUGAUUGAUCAAGAACCACCUUCCAUGUGGUGGCGACGGGAUGAUGCUGCCCAUGUGUUUGGACGGGUACACGGCUUCAAAACAAUGGCAUUUGGCUAG